AGAGGGAGAGAGAGAGAAGGCGAAUGUUCCCCCAGCUGUUUCCUGUCUACAGUGUCUGUGUUUUGUAGAUAAAUGUGAGGAUUUUCUCUAAAUCCCUCUUCUGCUUGCUAAAUCUCACUGUCACUGCUAAAUCCAGAGCAGAUAGAGCCUGCGCAAUGGAAUAAAGUCCUCAAAAUUGAAAUGUGACAUUGCUCUAACAUCUCCCAUCUCUCUGGAUUUCUUUUUGCCUCAUUAUUCCUGCUCACCAAUUCAUUUCCAGACUUUGUACUUCCGAAGCAAUGGGAAAAAUCAGCAGUCUUCCAACUCAAUUAUUUAAGUGCUGCCUCUGUGAUUUCUUGAAGAUAAAGAUGCACACCACAUCGUCUUCACAUCUCUUCUACCUGGCGCUCUGCUUGCUCACCUUCACCAGCUCUGCCACAGCUGGACCAGAGACCCUUUGCGGGGCUGAGCUGGUGGAUGCUCUUCAGUUCGUGUGCGGACCAAGGGGCUUUUACUUCAACAAGCCCACAGGCUACGGCUCCAGCACUCGGAGGGCACCCCAGACAGGCAUUGUAGAUGAGUGCUGCUUCCGGAGCUGCGACCUGCGAAGGCUGGAGAUGUACUGUGCCCCGCUCAAGCCCACCAAGUCAGCCCGCUCCAUCCGUGCCCAGCGCCACACCGACAUGCCCAAGACCCAGAAGUCCCAGGCCCUACCUGCAACCAAGAAAAUGAAGCCUCAAAGGAGAAGGAAAGCUGCUGUACAACCCUUGUGCAUUUAAAAAGUAAAGUACAGAAGAUAAUUGACGUGCUCUUCCACAAAUUUGAAGUACACUUGAAGAACGCAAGUAGAGGGACUGCAGCAAACAAGAACUACAGAAUGUAGGAGGGGCCUCCAGAGCAGCGGAGAAUGUCAGCGCAGGACCCUUCGCUCCGGAGGCCCAACCUGCGGCACGUGGAAACACCUACCAAAAAAGAAUAAGAAGAAGUUCAAUAACAUUUCAAAGAUGGGCAUUUCCCCCAAUGAAAUAUACAAGUAAACAUUCCAACAUUGUCUUUAGGAGUGUUUGUUAAAAGCUUUGCACCUUGCAAAAGUGGUCCUCGAGUGGGUAGAUUGCCGUUGAUCCUUUAUCAAUAACGUUCUAUAGAGAAAAUAUAUAUAUAUAUAAUUAUAUAUCCUAGUCCCUGCCUCUCAAGAGCCGAAAAUGCAUGGGUGUUAGUUAGAUCCAGUUUCAGUAAAUUCCUCUUUGAAUUUUGGCUGCUGAAGCCAUUCAUUCAGCAACUGUAAGUGGUUUAUGAAUUGUUUUCCUGUUUUUUUUUGUUUUUUUGGUUUUUUUUGCGUCUUCUCACAUAGCUCCUGCUGCUUGUUUUACAGAGUCCAAUAACUUUGUCUAUCUCCAUUAGCCCCGCCCCUUCCUGACAUUUUUAUUUGUUGAAUUUGGCCUCCUCAAAAGCAAUAGCGAAUAAGUAGUCAAAUGACCCACCAAGUUUUAACCCACCUGAUUCCAUCCGUGGCAUUUGUACCAAAUAUAAGUUGGAUGCAUUUAUUUUAGACACAAAGCUUUAUUUUUUGACAUCAUGUUACAAGAAAAAAAAUAGAAUGACAAAAACUGCAACUUUAAAGUCAAUCAUUUUUAGGAGUGUGUUUGAAGCAUAGACCGUCUCUUAAACUUUCAAUGGUUCCUUCAAAUGAUAAGUUAGUAUGUAACCUAAUUAGCAGUUUCUCUUUUUAUUUUUUCCAUAUAAAGCACUAUGUAAAUUUAGCAUAUCAAUAAUACAGGAAAUAUCAAACAGUAUGUAAACCUCUGUUGUUGUUGUUUUUUAGUACAAUGGUGCUAUUUUGUAGUUUGUUAUAUGAAAGAAUCUGGUCAAAACUGUAAAAGGUGAAAGCAAAGCAAAAAAAAAAAAAAAAAAAAUGAAAGCCUGGAGCCUAAGAUGACAAAAUGAGAAAGGAAACUGAAAAAAGAAAGAAAGAAAAUCCAUCCUCUUGGGAGAUGCAAAGGCCUCCUCAGUUCUGCCUUCCAAGAGGGAUAUAAGAUACAAAGUUCACUAAGAUACACGUACCUGUCAAGUCCAGAGAGGAAGCUAUGCAGUGGUACCAGCAAGAACCUAGGGAUUUUAAGAGUCCUAGUUUCUUUUUACCACCGAAGAAAUAAGUAUUUGCAACCUCUGCCACAUGGAAUCACCACCGUGUGACCUUGCUAAAGUCACUCCACCUCUCGGUGCCUCAGUUUCCUCAUCUGCAAAAUGGGGGCAAUAUGUCAUCUACCUACCUCAAAGGGGUGGUAUGAAGAUUAAAAAGAUAGACCUUCAGAUUUUUGCUCUGGGUUUCCAGGAGGGUGUAACAUCAGAACCCUUGAGUUGCUGGGAUGCAAGGAAUUCUGUAAAUAACCCAUUGACAAUGUAGCUCCAAGGAUCAUUUGUUCAUCAGUCACUGAGAUGUCACUAUGAUAUCCAAGUUCUCAUUGGUGAAGCUGUCCAACUAGUGACUCAGUCUCUGCAACACUUCACAAAGUAAGAGACAUUUGACUUACAGUUUGAUUGACUUCUGCAUUUGAACUCAUGACUAUAAAGACAAGCAAAGAGAAAGAAAGAAGAUCCUUGCCAAUUAAAAGGUAGUUAAUUAUUCCAUUUAUCCACUCUUGCUCUUCCUUCCAGACACUUAGAAUCUAGCCACAACUCUAACAUUAUCAGUGACACUUUACUCAGUCUGAAACUGCAUUUGCCUUCCCCUUAGCAUAUAAAAAGGUCCUUAAUAUUCUUAAAUUUUAAAAUAAUAUCUAUUGAAAUCACGUUACCUUAGUGGAUAUAUAGGCUUACCCUUGCUUGUUAUGUAUUUGUUUUCUUUUGUGAAAAUAUGCUGGCUGGAAUUGCUGCUGGAGAAGCAAAAGUUUUUCUUCUCAACCCUGAGACUCUCCCUAGUGUCUGCUCAAAAGGAAGAAUCCAGCAGAUGUGUAGGAUACAUUCUACUGGACAUUGAUAGCCAAAAACAUCUUGAAAAUGUUCUUUAUUUUUGGAGCAAGAUUGUCUCCCUCUUUAGAACAACAACAACAAUUAUCCAAUAUUACAUCUCAUUAUCUGCAGCCUUGAUUCUCCCUUGUGAGGGUUCUUAAUAUUCUUAUAAAACAUAUAAGAAAAACAAAAGAGACAUCUUUGGUUUUCCUUCCACCGGCUUGCCUCUAGACUCUCUGAGGAAAUGCAGAAAGUGCUUGAGUAAAGCCCUCAGAAAGAUUUGGCUUAAGAAUGUCAGGCUACACUGAACAUUCCCUGAUUACUGUGGAGAGAUAGAAUGGAAUAAUAGGCCAGUUUUGCCAAGUACCUGUUUCCCAGAGGUGUGGUGGGAAAGGUUGGACCCUCCCAUACUCAAGGUGGCAUUUCUGACUUUCAGUUCUUAUUCACAGUGUAUAGCUUUUAAAAUUGGUGAGUCCCAGAAAACAUUAUAGGUGGUCUUCUGCAGAUCUGUGGGUUUCGGGCCAUGGUUGGAUAUGGUAAUUUCGAGUGUCUAUCACAUAUUUUGUUCAUUUGAUUCUAUGCACAGUCAAAAAUUCUCUCAGUGAGAGAAGCUUAAAUAUGCAGUCCUUUAUCCAAUACACAAUUAUCUCCAACUGGAUCAGAAAUCAACUAAUAAAAAUUAAUUAUACUAAUUAAUUAAUUACAUCAAUUAAUUACACUGCAGUGUCAUUAUACCUUCAAAUGAAUGAACAUUGUAAGAUAAAUCUAAAUAAACUCUGAAAGCCAACUGAUCAUUAUAUGAUGAAUCAGAAUGGCUCAAAAUUGAUAUGAAGGAACACUUAAAAUUUUACAAUUUAGAAUUUCAUAAGCUUUGCUAUGGAGUUAAAUUGCUUUAAUGUCUACAACUAAGUUUACAAAAGAACUAUAAAGAUAAGUAGAAAGGAGUUUUCAUUUGAUAGGCUUAUUUCUGAUUUAAUUAAAAAUACUCAAUACAUAGGUCAAGUUUUGAUCCUGCUCUCCAAAGAAUAUCAAAUGUUCAAACAUUGUAAGAUGAGUCGGUUCCACAUAGGGAGUUAUGCAUCACACCACUAUAAUCUACUCUCCUAGGGCAAAAAAAUAUUUUCAAAUACCUACCCUACAUGUGCACGCACACACACACACACACCCCUCCUCAGCCUAAGAGACUCCAAUUGGAAUAGCAAGAAGAAAUCAUUUCCUUGACAAUAUUAUUUCUUUUAAAAAUCAACCCUGCCCCCCUUGGGACCAUUUCCCUUCUUGGAAUGUCAACGUGAAAUGUGGUAUGUCUGUGUAGAUUUGGCCAUCUCCUAGCCCAUGGCUCCAGGGUUCCUGUUAUGGGUUUGUGCACUUGGGAGGACGUGCGGAAGACAUCGUGUUUUGCUUUCCCAUUUAUUGUUUGGCCAGUUAUGCCAAUGUGGUGCUAUUGUUUCUUUAAGAAAGUACUUGACUAAAAAAAAAAAAGAAAAAAGAAAAAAAAAGAAAGCAUAGACAUAUUUUUUUAAAGUGCGAAAACAACAAUUCUAUAGAUAGAUGGCUUCAUAAGAUAGCAUUAGAUCUAGCCACCACCUUUCAGCUUUAUAUCACUCUCGAGGAGAAUAUUGUUCACCAAGUUGUAAGUUUGGGGGUUCAGAGACAGAGGAUGAAAAAAAAAUUAAAGUUAGGAGGCUCAAUUAUUUCACUGGCUCUCAAUUAUUUUAACAAAAUUAGCAAUACUUUCCCCAAUCUAAAAUGUUGUUCAAUAGCAUGGAGUAAAAAUGGAGGUAGAAAAAGAACUUAAGGCAAAUGGCAGAAGAAGAGAAUCAAGCUACUUCUUGCUUUUUUGUUGUUGAUUGUUUGGGUUUCUUGUUGAUUUUUGGUUUUAGUUGGUGUGGGUGGGUAAGAGUACAAGCAAAUGGACAUGUGUGUGAGCGUGUGCUCUACUCUAAAACAAAUAUUCAGAAUGUGGAGCAAAUAAAAACAAAGAUUUUUAAGAAUGUAGACAUACCUGCUACCAGAAACAGCUUCUGCAACGUCCUCUGAGGCAAACACUGAUGUUUGGCUUGUAAAGGUUGCUAUUCCAUCAGACAUCAAGGAGUGCUCGCUCAUGGCUCUCAUUGGAAAAGGUUGGGAAGUAUUUCCUUAUGAGAUGGGGGUUAUCUACUGACAAAGGAAGAAAAGAAUUUAUGAGAAAUUGUUGAAGAAGAUGACUAACAAUCUGUGAAGAUUUUGUUUUUGUGUUGGGUUUUGGGUUUGAUUUUUUUUUUUUUUACUUCAUACAAUCUUUAUAAAUGAAAAUCUUAAUGUUCAAAAAUGACUUGGUCUUUUUUCUCUUUCAUAAUCAAAUGAAAGAUGAUAAACUCACAUAGACUCUUUAUAAGCUAGCUAGAAAUGUGUGGUUUGACUUACUGAAUCAGACUGUUUUGAAUAGUCCUUCUAGUUUUGAUCACAAAUUGUCUUAAUUUGUUAGUGUAGGCCCUUCUGGGCUCUUCUCACAUGUAUGAGCAUUCCCAUUCAAAGCACAUGGUUUUUCCCAUGUCUUCAAAAAAAGAUGGAUAAUUAAUAUUAAGGAACUAAUUGCUUUAAAAUACAGUAGACAGCUUGAGUCUCUGUCCCCACUCCUGACAAAGAUCAUCAAGUCCUGAAUCUGAGAGAAAAAAAAAAAACUAAGGGAAAGUGUUGUUGCUUGUUUUCACUUUCAAUUCUAGUGCUUCCCUAUACACACAUUUGCUUAUUGCUAUUGUGGUAUUCUUUAAGAUGUCCCUGUUAGGCAUUAGAAACUGAUACAUCAGUAACCUUUUCUGUGUGGUUUCCAUUUAAAAGGAAAGAGCCAAGACUGUCUGAAGCUUUAGUGCAUACAGUACACAAUGAAGAUAUCGAUUUAAAUAACCAAGUCUUGCUCCUACAAUCCCUUCUUUUUUAUCAUUUUAAGGAAAAAUUUCCCAGAUAAGGUAGAGGUCCAGUGGACCUUUGAAACUGUCUUUGUUCCUCCUGUUCCUUUUUUAUUUUUCUUUCCCCGUGUCUGAAUUUUUUAGAGGCUGACCAGACAAAGUCUGACAACUGAAGAACUGGUUUUUAAAACACACACUUCACAUGUUUCCUCUUGAUGAAUAAUUGCACUGAUUUUAACCAUGAUUUUUCUCUCUGCUUAAUUUUUUUUUUGUUUUUCAUAUGGGUUUUUAAGAAGAAAAACUCAUUAUCAGAAAGUGAGAAAGAAUACAAAAAUCCAAAUAUCACUGCCCAAUUGAAAGAUGAGCUAAAAUGGAAAUACUUUUUCCUACUUAAAACAUAACUGGAUCACUUUCAAAAUGACCUUUUACAAUCUUUAGAAUUUGCCUUUGUUUAAAUUGUCCGGGACUAAAUGCAAGCAUUAUUCAUUUCCUUUUGCCCAAAAUGUAACUGUGUAAAACAGGAAAAUGAAAAGAGAACUCUAAAAAGCCCUUCCACACCACCCACUGACCCCACUCCCCAGCUCGUGGCAUAGUCUCUCCUGUUGAUCUAGCUCCUAAUCUCAGUCUGUUUGAAUAUUUACCUUGUACCUUCUGCUGAACACGCCACAGGAGGACUCCGAAACCUCCAGCUGUCUAUUCACAUGUUAUCUGUGAUUAUCACAAUUCUUAUCUGUGUCUGUGUAUCAUUAAAAAUGUCUAUUCAAAAUAUCAAAACCUCCCCAACAUCAUGCAGUUUUUAUUCAGUUCACACGAAAGCUCCAAAUGUUAUAUCAUAUCCAACCUCUUUUUGUUAAAGAUUUAAUGAGCUAUAAAGAUUUGGAUUAAAUCAUGCAUCUUGCUUCAUUUAUUUUUAUCACACUUAAAGGCCAGGUGUUAUAAUUAACUUGCAGACAUUGAAUUAAUUUUCCUACUGAAACCUGAAAGUAACAAUUGGUCAUGCAUUGUAUGUGUCUUGUUCAAAAAUGUCUUCUAACAAAUUAAUCCUGAUUGUAUUUGUCAUAAUUAUUAUUCAAUUCAUUUAUGGCAGAACAAUAUCAAUCCUAAUUACUUCUAAAAAUGUAACUAACUGAAUCAUUAUCUUACAUUUACUGUUUAGUAAGCAUAUUUUGAAAAUGUAUGGCUAGAGUGUCAUAAUAAAAUGGUAUAUCUUUCUUUAGUAAUUACAUUAAAAUUAAUCAUGUUUGAUUAA